AUGAAGGUCACCUUGUGUCUGCUGGGACUGGCCUCGGCCUGCUACGCGUCUGAUCUUCCUAUCAUUGAUCUUGGAUAUGAACUGCAUCGGGCGAUUUCGUUGAAUAGUACCUCUGGCCUGUAUAACUUUAGUAAUAUUCGAUAUGCCGCUCCUCCAUUGGACAACCUGCGCUUCCGGGCCCCUGUGCUUCCAAAGCAGAACCGCACACACGUUCAGACUGGUGAUGUUGGACGGAUAUGUCCGCAGGCCUCUCCCAUAUGGGAAGAUGACAUUGAAACCUCAUUCCUCCUGAGCUUGCUGUACAAUACGACCUUCACCCAGUCGACGAAUAUCUCCUCGUACCCCUACGUGCCGGCCAAGAUGGACCCACGAACUACCGAGGACUGCCUGUUCCUGGAUGUAGUGGUUCCGAAAAAGGUAUUCGAUCGAGGACAGCAGUACACCAAACGUGGCCAACACAAGUCAUUCGUCCCGAAACAUGAAUUAGCUCCAGUGCUUGUGUGGAUCUAUGGCGGCGGAUAUGUAGGAGGCGAAAAGAGCUCGAGUGAUCCAACGGGUCUGAUCGAACGAAGCCAGGUUGUUGGUGACGGUAUCGUAUAUGUUGCACUUAACUAUCGACUCGGCGCAUUUGGCUGGCUUGCAGGCGAUGCAAUCAAGGCCAAUGGUACCGCCAAUGCCGCACUUCAUGACCAACGGUUUGCCCUGGAUUGGGUAUACAAGAACAUUCAGCUGUUUGGUGGUGAUCCCACGCGCAUCACAGUCAUGGGCGAGUCUGCUGGAGGAGGUUCGAUCAUGCACCAAGUCACAGCAUACGGAGGGAAUGCGGGACCAUCCCCGUUCAAGCAAGCCAUCCUUCAAAGCCCUGGAUGGAUUCCCAUCACGGACGAUGAACAGCCCGAGCAAACCUUGCAGCAAUUUUUGGGAAUCCUAAACGUCAGCACUAUUGAAGAAGCUCGGAAAUUGUCCUCUGAGAAACUGAUCUCUGCCAAUGCCUAUCAGAUCGCCACCAAGUCACAAUGGGGAUCCUUCAUCUAUGGGCCAGUGGUUGAUGGUAGCUUCGUCCCCGAAUUGCCUGGAAAGCUUCUCGCGGAGGGCAACUUUGAUCGUAAUCUGAACAUUAUGGUCGGACACAAUGCCGAUGAGGGAUUGGUAUUCACCUCGCCAGACAGCCGGAAUGAGAGCGGUCUGGCUGCUUUGCUUCAUCAGCAGUUCCCUUACAUGAAGAAGAACGUCAGCGACUACAUCUCAAACGUGCUCUACCCACCCAAGUACGAUGGUUCAUACGGGUACACCAGCCCCGUCACACGCACCGCGCUGGCCAUCUCCGAUCUCAUCUUCGUCUGCAACACUGAUUACUUCAAUCGAGCGUAUCACAACCAGACCUUUGCGUACGAGUUUAGUAUCCCGCCAGCUCUGCACGGGCAGGACGUCCAGUACACCUUCUACAACAAUGGUUCGUCGGCUACUGGCUCGUUUCUCAGCGUACAGAACGUCACUGUAGCGGAGGUGAUGCAGGACUACUUCACCAGCUUUGCUCAAUGCGGCGAGCCCAGGUCUUCUCUGGGUCCGGCAUUCCACCGGUAUAGCCAGAGAGGCUCGCUCAUGAAUAUUGGCAACCAUACCAUCAGUCCAGAGAGGGACCCGACUGAUAACCCGCGUUGUCGAUUCUGGCAGACUGCGCCAUUUACCUGA